CAGAGACUAUUGAUAUCAUAAUAUACCCUCACUCCACCAUUGUGUUUUCAGACCCAAAGCUCGCUUUAGAGGGUUAGAGAACCACUCUGACUCUGGGUCUCCCAGAACAGUCUUCACUUUCAAUCUGUCAAUGGCCUAGUCACGACAGCCAGUCAGGCCAGUCAGCACCGCUGGUGAUUGUCCUAGCCAACACAAACCACAAGAUCAUCUUCAUCUGAGGGAGACAGGAUGCAAGCAAUUUGUGCUGGCCGCCUAACAGCUCAAAUGCAGUUAUUAUUACUUAAUAAAUAGGCUGUCAGAUCCGCUGCUAGUCUAACAGGGACCAUCCAGAGGACUGCACAGGCAUAGGCGUUCGUUCCUCUCUGCCCUUAAAAACUCCAAGAGUUUCGGUGUUGGGAGUUUUGACAUUUAAAUUGCACACCGACAACCCUAUACCAUUUCCUGACUGUGGGAUCAGCAGGACAAACCCUUCUCUGAAUCAGACGGCAGCAGCUGCACAUGGAAUUAAGCUGCUGUUGCUACUGUCUCAUCCCUGUUGCUAAGGGGUAGGGAACAUGCUGUGUCAUCACUGCUAGAGCACCUGCUGGGAUUUCAUUGCUUCCAUCUCCCCUCCUCAUGAUUACUUCCACUGACAUUAAAUUCAACUGAUGGCCCAUUAGGGCACUGGCUGCUAGAAAGACCAGGAAGUUCUACCUGUAUGGACACAAAUAAGAAGACCAGGAAGUUCUGCCUGUAUGGGCACUGCUAAGAAGACUAGGAAGUUCUGCCUUUAUGGACACUGAGAACCUUUUAUGGGCAAUGUUAAGAAGACUAGAAAGUUCUGCCUUUAUGGGCAAUGUUAAGAAGACUAGGAAGUUCUGCCUGUAAGGACACUGCUAAGAAGACUAGAAAUUCUGUCUCUAUGGGCACUGUUAAGAAGGCUAGGAAGUUCUGCCUUUAUGGACACUGUUAAGAAGGCUAGGAAGUUCUGCCUGUACGGACACUGCUAAGAAGACUAGGAAGUUCUGCCUGUACGGACACUGCUAAGAAGACUAGAAGUUCUGCCUCUGUGGAUAUUGAGUAUCUUCUGCAUGACAAUCCUGGGCAAGUUUCAAACUCCAGGAACACUGCGUUCAGUGGUUUAUGACUGCUGUAGGACAGUUCCGAAGAAACGUUUGCGGCACAUAAAUGCGUUGUAAAAAUGAGCACUGGAAAACUGGAAAGUAAAAUAUGCAAAUAUAAUUUGCAUAUCUAGAAUCAAUGAUUAAUCAGAAAGACCAAAACCCUGGAGCUGAAUGAGCCAGAUUUCUAGGAUUGUGCAGAAAAUACAAAACUCCUGUGCCCUCUGAAGCUUCAGUUCAUUCAGGUCUAGGUCUGCUGCUUGUUAUCAGUCAAAUCCAAUCCAAGAGCCACACCUGUGACAAAUAAAACUUUCUUGGCUGUGUGGAUAUAACACUGGACUGUGUGAAGAAUAAAAAGUGGACUGGUGACAGCAUGGAGUCAAUUCAUGAGUCUGGAUCCCCCAUGCACGUCUGGCAACAAUCACAGGAAACCACCUCCAUGAUGCCUUCUCAAAUCAACAACAGCUACCACCUCCUGUCCACAAUCUCUCCUGAUUACGUCUCAGAGGAAGUGGACAUUGCGGUCAUCAUCAUGCUGCUCAUUGUUUCUGUGACAGGCACCAGCGGCAACCUGCUGACAAUUCUCGCAGUCAUCACACACCCGAACCUUCGCAAAAUGUCCAACGUAUACAUUCUCAAUCUGGCUGUCGUGGAUCUUACAGUGAGCUUGUUUCUUACGCCCAUCUCCGUGCACACCAUGCUGCACAACGUGCAACCACCGGGCUGCAGCACAGUGUUGCCGUUUAUCAGCAUGUUGUGCACAACUGUGUCGCUCCUAAAUCUCAGUGCCAUUGCCGUCAAUCGGUACAUCGCUAUUGUGCGUGGAAAGCGCAUCUACUUGAAACAUUACACCAAGGUCAAGGUCGCUGCCAGCAUCAUCGUGAUUUGGUUAUUUGGCGGAUUAGUGAGUAUGCCCCCAUUGCUUGGCUUCGGAGAGUUCGGUUACGACAUUAAAUUUGGCAUAUGCUUCAUCCCACCUGGGAACCCCAACAGUUAUUGGUACACCUUCUGUAUCUGUGUGGUCUUCACCUUACCAUUCUUGGUCUGCACUGUAUUUGCCUACACCAAUAUCAUUCGGAAAUUCCGCAAAACGCAAAUCAACAUGAGGCGUCACAGCAUAUCGGGCAGUCGCACCUUGGUUGGUGUUGGGACAUAUCACCAGCGUGCCAGCACAGAUGCCCUUCAUGAGAUUCUAGAGAAACCUCGCCCGCUGGAUCCUGCAAGCGUUAAAACUUGCUCCCCAAUGUCGCCAAAUCCGGAACAAAUCAGUCAGAGGAUGCAGAAACAGCAGCUACAGAUGUUCAAAGUGGCGUUCAACUGUAUUGUUGUGUGGAUAUUCUACAUUCUCGUGUGGAUACCGAUCAUCUGUCUCCACAUCUUUGACUUUGACAGGUUGGUUCCUGCUAAAUACUACCGAGUGCUGUUUGCUGUGGCCUACACAAACUUUGCCAUCAAUGCAUUUAUAUACGCCGUUCUUAACAGAAACUUUCGCCAAGCAUACAGGAACUUGUUGUGUUGCAGCAGUUGUGAUAAAAGUGACAAAAAACGAUCAUCGUCUUUCAAAACUGAGUACAGUAAUGUUUCACAGUCUGAAAGAUCAUGAACCAUGAUCAUCUGAAAGAUCAUGAACCAUGAUCAUCUGAAAGAUC